AUCAAGUCCCGAGAUCCUGCUCUUCACGUUUUUCACAUUCCUGGCGGGAUCCUUGAUGGGCUUUCUGAACACGUUUGAGACGUGGUUCCUGGAAGACUUGGGAACACCCACGUACCUCAUAGGCCUAACCAAGACAAUCCAGUGUUUCGGCGCAGAGCCUGUGCUCUUCUUUCUGUCAACGUACAUACUGAGGAAGAUCGGGUACUUCUACUCCUACUCAGUAGCGUUCGUGCUGUUCGCCUGCAAGGCCAUUGGCUAUUCGUUCCUGCGGGAUGUCUGGGGAUCGCUUGCCGUGAACAUCGUUGGGGGAGCCAUUUUCCCGAUGGUGUACGCAGCUAUGGCUGUGUUCGCUAAGAAGAAGGCCAGACCCGGAACAGCCGCCUCAAUGGUCUGCAUCCUCGGAGCCAACUACGAUGGUCUCGGUUCGGCAGCCGGCAGCUUGGUUGGAGGCCUCAGCAUCAACAAGAUCGGAGGGAGCCUGACCUUCCGCUACAUUGGGUUCUCAUCGGUGGCAGCCGCGCUCCUCAGUGCGCUCUGUUACUUGCUCCUACGGUGUACUGCCGAUGACGAAUACGGUAAUCGCGUGCCUUCUUUGUAUCAACCUAUGUACACGUUUCACGUGACCGACACGGCAUUUGUACUUCGCAGAUGUUACACCGGAGAAGCCGGAGCCAUCUACUCUUUCGGACACCGCCUGUGGUUCUACAGGCUAUUCGCCGAAGCUUGA